ACUACCAUCAAGCAAUUUGUAAAAGCCAGACCGGUGGCGUCAUUGCCUCCUCUAUAGUGCGCGCAACACCACGACUCUCCUGCUGCAUUUAUUCACAGCUUAUUCUCAAGUUGCUCUGUGGCUCCCGCACACUGGAGUGAAAGCAAACCUGUCCGUCCAAGACUGGUCCUCAUAACACAAUGCGUGUUUGUUCGAUUUAUGUCACUCUGGCACUUGGAUUAGGAGGUUUUGCGCAAGAAGUGUCAGAGACAAAUAGAGUUUUUUCUACUCGUCGCUGGACUGAUGGUGUUGUAAAAGAGAAGGUAUUGUGCCGCGCGCUCCCCCUACACCACUUCUGUAGUAUACUGUCUCCACUUUCACGCUGGGGAGGAAUCCUCUCCUCCUUCACAGAUGUUGCCGGAGAGCAUUUUCUACCCGCAACUUAGUGUGCAGCUCAGAUGUUGCCACGGGGACACGCGCUUUGGUGUACUCAGACCACGUCCAGAUAAUCUCCAUUUACAUUGGCCUAUACUCUUCAAGAUACCCAAGAGUUCCCGUUGUGUCGGCUGUGCGUCAUUCAUGCCUGAUUAGACUUGUAGUCUGACGUCGCCGAGCACCAUUCAAGCAAAACACCUUAUACAACGUUGAAAAUAUAAAUUGAUUUUGUUUUCUUCCCAAAAGCCACCCAGAGUGACGAAAACCACUUUUUCCAUAAAGACUUGGAUCAACAAGUUGCCUCCAGUGCGUAAUUUCCAUCUAAACGGGGUUCGAGCAUAAUCCGCGACUCACGUGAUCGACAAAUCACUUCAGCUGCAAAUAUUUCUCAUUUGUCUAGAGAAAUAAGCCCCGGACCGUCGGCGGAGACACAUCUUGUCCGAUUACGGCGGGAAUCGGGAGAUGACCGCGGGUCCAGCUCCAUGCCUCGCUGCGUCUCCAGAUGCUCGGCUGGCCACCACAUGGUAACUUUGCGCACACAGCACGCUGGAAAGAUGACAUACAGAGAAGGGAUCUGAAUGAAUGGGACUGAGAUUUAUUCGCAUUUCUCUUCUCGCCUCCCCCAGACUGUUGUAUGUGUUGUGUACCCUGCUGGUUGAGGGUGUCUCACGUUAUCAGAUAUCGAUUCAGCGGUGGGUAGAUCCAGAGAGGAACAGCAAAUGUCGAAGAAACGGAAAAGUCCUGACGACCAGGGCUUUGAGGAAUCUCCACCUGCAGGAUGCAGCGACCAAGGCUUGACAGAUGAAAAAGUGAAGGCCUACCUCUCGCUGCACCCGCAGAUGCUGGAUGACUUUGUGUUGGAGAGUGUGAGUGCAGAGACGUUGGACAGAUGGCUGAAGAGGAAGACCAGCAGCAGGCCUGCAGAUGACACAUCAGCUAAAGAAGUCAGCAGGCAGUACCAGGACACAAAUAUGCAGGGUGUGGUGUACGAACUCAACAGCUACAUGGAGCAGCGCCUGGACACUGGAGGAGACAACAAACUCCUGCUCUAUGAGUUGUGCAACAUCAUCAAAACAGCAACGAAAGCUGAUGGAUUUGCACUUUACUUCUUGGGAGAAUGCAACAAUAGUUUAUGUUUGUUCACUCCAACGGGGGCCAAGGAUGGCCCUCCAAGCCUCAUCCCCUCCGGCCCCAUCGCAUUUGGGACAACCAUUGCCGCUCAUGUUGCCAAAACUCGCAAAACACUGCUAGUAGAGGACAUCAUGGGGGACGAGCGCUUCCCCGACGGCACAGGGCAGGACUCAGGGAUCCAUGUUCACUCUGUCCUGUGCCUCCCCAUCCUCACUGCCAUCGGGGACCUCAUUGCCAUCCUGGAGCUGCAUCGGCACUGGGGCAAGGAGCCCUUCAACCUCAGCCACCAGGAGGUUGCAACAGCUAAUUUAGCGUGGGCGUCAGUUGCCAUUCAUCAAGUACAGGUGUGCAGAGGCCUCGCCAAACAGACUGAGCUCAAUGACUUCCUACUAGACGUGUCAAAAACAUACUUUGAUAACAUUGUGGCAAUAGAUUCUCUACUUGAACAUAUUAUGAUAUAUGCAAAAAACCUGGUGAAUGCGGACAGGUGCGCACUCUUCCAGGUAGAUCACAACAACAAAGAACUGUACUCUGACCUGUUUGAUAUUGGGGAAGAAAAAGAAGGCAAACCUGUCUUUAGGAAAACCAAAGAAAUUAGGUUUUCUAUAGACAAGGGAAUAGCUGGCCAAGUGGCUCGGACAGGGGAAGUCUUAAAUAUCCCAGAUGCCUAUGCAGACCCACGGUUCAACCGAGAGGUGGACCUCAAAACCGGCUACACCACACGGAACAUCCUGUGCAUGCCCAUCGUGAGCAGGGGGACCGUUAUAGGUGUGGUGCAGAUGGUGAACAAGCUAAGCGGAAGUGCCUUCACUAAAACAGAUGAGAACAACUUUAAGAUGUUUGCUGUCUUUUGUGCUUUGGCCUUACACUGUGCAAAUAUGUACCACAGGAUCCGGCACUCUGAAUGCAUUUACAGAGUGACGAUGGAAAAACUGUCUUAUCACAGCAUCUGCACAUCAGAAGAAUGGAAGACCCUUACCCAGCUCAACCUCCCUGCACCCAUUUAUAAAGAGAUUGAAAUGUUCCACUUUGACAUUAGUCCCUUUGAGGAGAUCUGGCCUGCUGUCUUUAUCUACAUGGUUCAUAACUCCUGUGGAAAGACCAGCUUUGAGCUGGAGAAGCUGUGUCGGUUCACCAUGUCUGUACGAAAGAACUACCGACGUGUGCCCUACCACAACUGGAAGCACGCAGUGACGGUGGCACACUGUAUGUAUGCCAUCCUACAGAAAACCUCUGGGAUCUUCACAGAGCUAGAGAAGAAGGGUCUUUUGAUAGCCUGUCUGUGCCAUGAUCUGGACCAUCGGGGGUACAGCAAUGCAUACCUGCAGAAAUUUGACCAUCCACUGGCUGCUCUGUAUUCCACCUCCACCAUGGAGCAGCACCACUUCUCUCAGACCGUCUCCAUCCUACAGCUGGAAGGGCACAAUAUUUUCUCCAACCUGAAUUCCAUCGAGUACGAGCAGGUGCUGGAGAUCAUCCGGAAGGCCAUCAUUGCCACGGACCUCGCCCUGUACUUCAACAACCACCAGCAGCUGUCGGAGCUGCUGACCUCGGGUGGGCUGGACUUUAACAACCACUCACACAGGGACCGUGUGAUUGGUCUGAUGAUGACAGCAUGUGACCUGUGUUCUGUUACCAAGCGAUGGCAAAUCACACGACUCACAGCCAACGACAUCUAUGCUGAGUUCUGGGCCGAGGGAGAUGAGAUGAAGAAGAUUGGGAUGCAGCCGAUCCCUAUGAUGGACAGAGACAAGAAGGAUGAGGUUCCCCAAGGCCAAGUGGGAUUCUACAAUGCUGUUGCAAUUCCAUGCUACACGACACUAUCGGAGCUUUUCCCUCCAUCCAGUCCUCUUCUAAAAGCCUGCCAGGAGAACCUGGGCCAGUGGGAGAAGAUAGCACGGGGAGAGGUGGAGGACAUUGUACCCAGCCGACCUUGUGAUUCAGGCCCUGUCAAGGUGGACAACUGACUACCAAAGGGGUUACUGACCCACCAAAGGAAUACAGCCUGAAUCCUGCCACGGACCUGGAACUUUGUAGGAGGAAGAACCCACACAACCUGUAUUAGCAGGAGACAGAUCAGCUAAAGGCGACUUGACUUUGAAAACACACAGUUACCUCAUUGGGUGACGGAGGUGUCAACACUGGCGGUUUCACCGAUCCCAGAGACUGACAGACAGCUGAUGGGGAGGGACUUCAACCCAUCACCCUACGUCCAACGUUGUUUUAUUUUGGCUGUUUUAUGUUUUGUUUUUUUCUUUCAUUUGAGCUGAUUCUCUAUGGUCUUGUAUUUGCAGAGGCCUUACUCUGAACCUUUCACAGGCUAGGAUAUGUGAAAUCUUGUUGUCGGUUCAGGCUUUUUUGAAAUGGUACUGUUUGCCUUCUGUGGUAGGUUUAUCAUAUGCGCACUACUUCAGCAAGGUGUUCCCAGAGACAGAAGGAAUGUGUAGAGCAGAUGUAUGGUGUAAUGCCGCCUCACUGAGGAGGUGGAUGUCAGAAUGUUUUUUUAUUACUUUUUGAGCAAAAAUCCUUUGCAGUACUUGAAUAAAGAGAUACAGCCUAUUCUUCGUGGAGAUUGCAGAAAUCCCCCUGCAGCAUAUUCUACAAAACGUGGAUGAACUGUGACGAGAGAGGAGUUAGAUAAUGUCGACACUUGUGAACACAGUCACAAGAGAGUCACAAUGUUUCUCCCUGAAGUGGACCCCACAGCACUCCCCCUGGCUAGCCCUGGCAUUUAGGAACCUGCUGCAUAGUACACCAACUUUCUUCUGAUUAACAGCAUCUGACCCCAGGCCAGCAGUCAUAAUGUUUGUAGGAGCAAGACAAAAAAAGAGCAGGAUGCACAAAUAGCAUCAGUUUCAAUGAUUUAUAGUAAGCCAAGACUGCAUACUAUUGAAUUUCCACUCUCAACAACAACAUUUUUCACGCCACUAUCACAACAUUAAUUAUUUUAGACAACAAUCUGGUUCCUCUUAUUAAUCAGUAAUCACUUCUACUACCAUGAAUAAAACAUACUGCACAAGGUGGUUAAGUGUCCCAGUGAAUUAUAAAGAUUAGUUUGUUUGCAGAGACACAACAAACUUUUUACAGGUUGACUACCUUCUGUAAUGCCCAGACAGCACCCUGAUCUAUAUCACAUGGUUAAGGCGUGAUGAAUGUUAAAGAUGUAAAUUAAAUUUAGAGUGAAGGGUGGAAUAAGUUUCAGAUGUUUUCUCUCUUUGACAUAAAUGGGUGUCCUUGCAGGUUCAAAGCUGUAGUAUGAAACAUUAAUGACACUGAACGCUUUGUCAUUUUUGCUGUUGAUGCAGGGCACAGCAGCUCAACUGAAGUCUCAGCAACUGUCAGCUUCAUAUUUUCCCAUAUUAUAUUAUAAAACCUGUUAAGCUAAAAGUGCAUCAUGUGUCUAUCUCUGGGACUUGCAACUCAAGAAUGUUGGCUGAUUUUUUGCAGGUGUGUGUGACAGAAGUUCCCCUCACAUCCACAACCUGCCGAAGGAAAGAAAUCAUCCUCCCUUACGCUAAGUCUCCCAACGUCAUGCAAGGGGGUACAUUUGGACUCUUUCAAAUAAGUUUCCCAGAUCUUCCAAAAGACAAAUUGUUUUGUCUGAAACUGUCAUUCCAGUGGACAUUGUCCCUCCAAGACUGAAAUUCCCUCUCCAAUAAUUUGUUUUACGACUGGUACUGUGCUACCCCCCACCCCCAAAUGGUGUGAAUGUACAUUUUGAUGAAUGUUUAGUUGAUAGCAGAUCCUCGGUGGUGGCAUGUGGGUUAUAGUGCACCAUCAGUUUCCAUGAUGUGCUCUGUCUUACUUUUCAGAAUUGCUUCCAGUAAGCUUCAACCAAGAGCAACAAUUAGCAUGCACCUAAACUGAAGUUUAUAUAUAGUUUUGAAUAUAUACAGUAAUAGGUGUAUACUGUGUACAAUCUAGGAAUUAGUUUGUACAGACUGAGAUGUUUGCUCUGAUGGUGCUAAACUGAAUGGCAGUCAUGCGCUUUCUGAGUGGGUGUGUAGACUGUAUGCAUGUGAGAGAGUGUGUGUGUAUCGGUGUAUGUGUGUAUGAGAGAGAGAGAGGGAGAGAAAGCUCUUGACUGUCUCUUUUCCCACUCCAACCCCACCUGAGAACAUGGUCCAUAACACUGCACUGUCCCUCCUACUUUUCAGCACCAGUUAUAUCCCAUUGUCUGCACUAUGUUUAGCUUAUGAUCUUUUAUCAUUAUUAUUGAUGAUGAUUAUUAUUAUUGCUCUUAUUACUAUUGUUAUUUUCUUUAGAGUUAAAUUUAAAUUAACUUAUAUUUUUUAUACAAAGAAAAAUAAUGUUGGCCUUUUUGUUUUGUACAAAGUAAACAUCAAGAUAAACAAAACGGUCUAGACAUGUUACUGUUACCCAGAAUAAUUGAGGAAUGUCUCAACUGUAAAUGUAAGAGCAGUAGCCCAAAUGACUUUUAUUAAAUACCUGAAAAAUA